ACAAAGCUAUGAUUCUACUUUCUAUAGAAUAUUAGAAGAUGUUCGUACUAGAAAUUUAUUAUCUACUACACUACAGAUGAUUGAAGAAAAAGUAAGAAACUCUUUCUUGUAUUCUACAACUGAUACCACAUAUAUUGUUAGAUUUCGCGCCAUGGCCGAUAAAAUAAACAAGCUAUCUUGUUCAUCCUUACCUUUAGGACCUGAAGAACUUGAUCCAACUGUAUUGAUAGCAAUUGAUCAUAUCAAUAGUCAAGAAUAUGAUCUGUAUGAUAACAAUCAUAUCUUCCACAAUCAAACAAAUUUACCUUCAACCUUAAUUUUACAACAAGAAGCAUACGUUAUGUAUCUUAACAAUCUUUUGUUUGAACAUAGGCUUUGUAAUAGCUCUAUUGGUGUUGUUACUGAUAUUAUAGAUGAAAAUACUAUAAAAGUUGUAUUCCCGAUAUUACAAACAAUUAUUACUGCAACC